AUGCCUACAGAUUCUACCACCCCCGCUAAAGGCGGGGGCAUGAUGUCGCUUUAUGCAAAUCUGUUGGGUCCAUCCGCUGAUUCUGCCCCGGGAACUAUCUCUCGCGCGCCUGUCGUAUUCAACCAAGGCGAUGACGCGCAAUCCGAUGAGUCCACUGCAAAGAAGCAGCAACUGAAUGCUGCUUCUCUUCGAUUCCAGCCUACCAAACGGCCACAGCUUUCAGCGCAAAAGACCAAACCAAAACCCGCGUUACCCAAGGCACCGCAGCCUAGUGCAGGCCAGCCCUCUACUUCUGGCGCGGCACCUGUUAAACCAACCUUGGCUGACUGGGCCGCGGAGGAUGACGAUUAUGGGUACGUGGGUGAGAAGCGACAGCGCGGCGGAAGGAAGAAGCGCAAAAAGAACCAUGAGCCGCACGAGAUUCCACAAAAUUGGGACGACAUCUAUGAUCCGUCACGACCAAAUAACUACGAGGAGUACCGACAUAGCGACGAGAAGAUACUUGAAGUUCGCGAAUGGAAAGACCGACUUUAUGCGCAUCGGAUGAGACGCUCGCUGAGCAAGGACUCGGACAGCGAUGACUAUGACCGACCUAUGAAUCGUAUGACCCAUUUCACACAUGAUAUCAAAUCACAGAAUGACAAAGCUGAUUGUGUAUCUGUAGGUCAAUUCGCACCACCAAGCAGCUUCGCUCCCCCGCCGAAUCUUAAUGAUGCGCCUCCACCCCCGCCAUCUGGCUCCGACUUGUCCGGCGAUGAUGCUUUCACCCAACGUGCACGCAUGAGCCAGCGCGAGAAUGAUGUAGACAUGCCCGACUAUGCUCAAUCAAUACCACCUCCACCACCAGAAGAGCCACCUGCUCUCCCCUCGGACACUACCGGCGACGAAGCAUAUAUGCGCCGGCUUCAGCAAACCCACCAGCCUCCACCAGGGCAGAUCCCGCCGCCUCCUUCUCGCCUCGAUGCCUUCCAACCAACUUCCGCGACCAUCUCCCGCGCACCAGUCCGCUACACUCUCCCUCCUCCUCCAGAAGAUAUCCCUGCAUCCGAAGCAGAGCUGGAGGAAGUAUUCGCCAAGGAACAGCCCGCAGACACACAAGGCGAAGCCGAAGCCGAAGACGCACAGGAUGCGCCACGUUCCCUCCGUCCUGGUCAAAAGGGCUUUGCAGAACGUCUACUCUCAAAAUAUGGCUGGACCAAGGGAUCUGGACUCGGUGCUACAGGGUCAGGUAUCGCAAAGCCAUUGCAGGUCAAGGUUGAGAAGCGACGGGGCACGAUCAUCGGUGGCAAGAAGAAGGGCGGGGAGGAUACUGGCAAGUUUGGACCUAUGAGCGAAGUGAUCAUUCUCCGGGGAAUGCUAGAUGGCAUGGAUCUUGAAGCCGAGCUGGAAAGUGGAGAGUUGAUGCAAGAGAUUGGUGAAGAGUGCAACGAAAAGUAUGGGAGUGUGGAACGGGUGUACAUUGCUCGUGAUGCAGGCACGCCAAUUCCCGUGUUUGUCAAAUUUACCAGUCCUUUAUCUGCUCUGCGGGCGGUAAACGCUCUCGAAGAACGGAUCUUCAACGGCAACGCGAUCACAGCCCGAUUCUUCAACACAGAGAAAUUUGAGGAGGGGAUCUAUGUGGAUUAA